AUGAAUAACAUGUUUCCACCUUCCUCACCACUUGCUAGCUCAAACGCUUUAAAUUUUGAGGAGAAUAACAAAAACUCUCCAAACUCCUCAUUCUAUGGAUCUAAACCUUCACCUUUAGUAUUCAAACAUGAUGUUGCUAAGAGUAGAAAUACUCAAUAUCCAUCCCCUUUCCCUUCCUCAAGUAUCGGAAGGUCAUCUUCACCCGUGAAGACUUCUGUUGCUAAUCUCGAAUCUAGUGGCGAUGAAAGUCCAGAUUCAUCCUUUGUCGGUAUUCAAGACUUGGCUACUAGCCCACACGAAAAGAUUAAUGCUAUUUCUCCGCCAAAGAGUAUGAUACAUAAAUCUAAAUCUAAAGAUCAUGCUAAAUACAAAGUAUUCCCAAGAAUUAUCGAUAUUGAAAUUGAUCCAAUUAGCAAUACUCAAUUGACCAUCGGACGUAAAAAAGAUAUGUGCGAUAUUUUACUACCUGGUAUGAGAACCAUCUCAAGAACUCAUGCUGUUAUUAAUUACCUCCCAGAUAGAAAUCAAAUAAAAUUAAAAUGUAUCGGGAUCAAUGGUAUUAUUGUUUCUUUACCCAGAAGAUUGAAUUGCCUUUUAAUCAGACCAACAGAUGACAAGAAUAUUUAUGAAUUAUGUGCUAUUGAAACUAUCAAAAUGCGUCAACAAUUCCAACAGGUCGAUACCAAUGUAGAUAAAGACCUAAUAAAAAGUCAGAAUUUAACUGCUUUUACUCUUGAACCUGGUGAGACUAUAUUGAUGCCAUUCAUGAAUAGCACAAUGAUAGACUUCAAACAAGUGAAGACAUCUUUAUCGAUGAAACAUCCACAAAAUGCAUAUAGUACAAAUUCAGAAGAAAACAUUGCACAACGCUCUAUAUCUAGUGUAUUACAUAACAAUGUUAAAGUACUAGCAACAAGUUUCCAAGCCAAAAAACUCAAAGGUAAAAAGAGUACACCAACAACAGCAGCCAACGAUACAGUAACACCGAUGUCAUCGUUUAUUGUUAGAGAACCAAAGACACCAACUAAGCAACGUAAUUCUUCCUUGAAGGCAUCUUUUAUUGAACCAAAAGAUAAAAAAAUUACCUCUAACCUUCACCACGCUUUGGCAGAUGCUCAUUUAUUAGACCUUCAUAACUCCACUAAGGAUACCACACAAUCUCAUAAGCGUAAACUUGGCACAUCAUUUGUAGCGGGUUCCUCAAACAAUAAACGUGCUAAACAUUCUGCUCCAAAAUCGACUGAAGAAAUCUUAAAGGAUUUGCAAGAUAAGGGAACCAACGUCCAGGAUUUGAAAAAUGUUCUAGCCAAUCACUUGGCAUUUGCUAACGUUCAGCAAACACCACUUUCGCAACUAAAAGAUACAAAUUCUACCAUUAAGACAUUAUCGAAAGAAGAAUUACGUAUGAUCCUAACUCAAACGAAAUGUGUUGGUGUCAUUACUAGAACAGGUAAAGAUGCGGCUGGUAAGCCCCUCGAAGAAGAAUAUUUCUACGACAUGGAAAAUGAUGAUGAUGAACAAAGAAAGGCUCUUGUUACUUCAAUGAAAGGUGGUAGAACUGGUUUGAGAUCAUGUAGAAGAACUCAUAAGCAAUAUUUUUGGAAAAGACCAGGUAAAUAG